UUUGUUGAUUUUUAGGGCCUUCCCUAACAUUACUAACAAUGACUUGUACGCAAUUUUAAGGACAGUUUUUUAUCAGUAUUUGAAAUGUCUACUGAAGAUAUAAGAGCCGUGUUGCUUAAUAUAUUUAAGCAUAAAGAUUUCAAGUCCUCAACUCAGAAAGCUGCAGUAAAAUCUGUUAUUAAAGGCAGGUAUUAUGCUUCUAUAUAAUUUAUAUAAAUAAGACAUUAUAAGUAAAUGUAAAUUAUCAUGUAAUUAUAAUUAUGGUACAAAUAGUCUAUAGACUAUAGAUAGACCAAAGCCAUAGACAUAAAUGAUGAUAAGUACAUCAUAGUAACAAACACAAAGUGUUACAAACAAGGCACAAACAAAGGCAGGUAUUAUGCUUCUAUAUAAUAUAAUUUAUAUAAUUAUAUAAGACAUUAUAAGUAAAUGUAAAUUAUCAUGUAAUUAUAAUUAUGGUACAAAUAGUCUAUAGACUAUAGAUAGACCAAAGCCAUAGACAUAAAUGAUGAUAAGUACAUCAUAGUAACAAACACAAAGUGUUACAAACAAGGCACAAACUUCACAUUGCCUUCACAUUUUUCGAUUCAACUAAAUAAUAAAAAUUAUACCGGUAAAUUUUAGGUUUAGGAAUUGAGUAUGAUCAUUAUGGGCAUGGGUUUUGCCAAGAGUUGUCUCACGCCUAAGAUUAAGGCUUAGCCUAAACGCAGUGACGUCACUCUCACUUUAAGGAAUCCCAACAAUGGAUUGCUGUUCAAUAACUAUAACUCACACUGAGCAUUGCUCGCGUCAUAAACUAAAUUUGAUGAUCUGUUUUAGUUGAUAAGGUUACAUUACAAUGGUUAGGCCUACAUACUUAAAUGAAAUUUCGCAUCAAUUAAAAAAAAAUUAAUCUUACACAUUUCAAAGAAAUGAAAAAAGAAACACAUCCUUGCUGAUCACUGAUACCUAAGAAUAGAAAAUUAGUAAAACAGAGUAAAACAGACCCCUCCCCCAACACCCCUCCCGCACAUUAAAUACCACAAUAAGACACAAAGAAAUAUUCUGGGAGGGGAGAUCCCUCCCCAUAACCCAUCACCGCCAAUUUCAAAAAAUAUAAAAUAAGAAAGUAAAAACUUGCAUUAAGUGAACACAAACAAUAAGUAUUGAAAUGUUUUGAAUGUGAUGCUGUAGAUGGAAGUUGACCUGGGGGAGCCUCCUUGACCUAUAUGCCAUAGAACACCAAACUUACCCAAAAUCAGCCAUUAGGCCUUAGUCUUUCUCUUACAUUAGAUUAGGCCUAAAUUUAAGUUGGUUUUUAUCUACUUCUGCUAAAUUAAAUUAAGCCUACUUACUUUAUUAAAUGCCUAAAUAAAUAAGUUAAGGCUAGCACUUCCUCAGUAACUUAACCAAAUAUAAUAAAAUAUGACAAAUUCAAAGGGCUAAAAUGAAGUUAGUGGCAGGGCUGGCGAUGUCUUCCACAGAAUGUGGGUCAUAUAGUUUCCUCAGGGUCAACUACUGGACAUAGUUCUGUUUGUCAAAUCCACAAGAAUAAGUUUCACUUUUUAUUUCUUUUAAAUCUUUAAGUUGAAUUAAUUUUAAUAAAAAACUGAAAAACCAAAGGGAACAUUUCAUUUCAAUCUAUUUCAUAUUAACUUAAUCGAUUGUCAGAUUAUAUUUUUUUGAUCCAAAUAAUGCCCAGUGAAGAAAGGGAAAGUUAUCAUUCUCAUCAAUGAGGUUUAAAUAUGGGGUCCAGUUUUGGGAAUCCCCAAAGUGACAUCAGGGCUUUUAGGGUGAGACAACUCUUGGCAAAACCCAUGCUGUUAACUGCACAUUUACCUUCAAAGUGACUAUCGCUAGCUAGUUAAGGGCAGUACUAGUAGUAAGUUGUAAGUACAUUUAAGUAACUAGUGGUGGGCUGAUAGCGGUUGGGGCACUAAAGAGUUGAUUUGUACUUUGAUUUUAUUCUUUUGUCUUAUUUUAUUUUAUUUUGAGGUUGCUGUUUUUUUUGCAUGUCACAACUAUUGCAUAAUUCAAUCUUUGGUUCUUUAUUAAAGUUAAGGUUUAUUAAGACCUACGGUGCAUAUAAGCCUAGAUUAGAAGUAGUCACUGAACAUUAUGACUUAAUAAAUAUUUAAUUAAAGCAUUUUUGUUAUUGUCAUUUUAAAUAAUUUGAUUCAAUAAAAAAAAAAAAUCUAUCCCAGUGUCAAUCAACCAAACCAUAUCUCUUUACCAACAAUAGAUGUUUAACAGAUAACAAUAUUUCCCCAGGGAAAAAUGAUGUUUAUGUUUCGAUGCCCACUGGUGCUGGGAAAUCUUUAUGCUAUCAGCUUCCUGCUGUUUUAGCUGAAGGGGUCACCAUAGUAGUCUCUCCUUUGAUUGCGCUAAUGCAAGAUCAGCUGGAUCAUUUGCGUGAUUUGGGCAUCAGAGCAGAAACGAUCAACUCUAAACUCUCAACAACGGAACGGAAACAGAUCACAUCAGAGCUCCUUGCCAAAAAUCCUAAAAUCAAACUUCUUUACAUCACACCAGAACAGGCAGCAACAGAAGCAUUUCAAAAUCUGAUAGAUAAACUGUUCUCCUGUGGGAAGCUUUCCUAUUUUGUGGUUGAUGAGGCUCACUGUGUUUCCCAGUGGGGUCAUGAUUUCCGGCCAGAUUACCUUAAAUUGGGUGAAUUCCGCCAGAGAAUUCCAGGGAUACCUUGUGUAGCCCUCACAGCUACAGCAACCAGUCAAAUUGUAGCAGAUAUCAUCCAUCAGCUGAAGCUGAAAGAACCUGUUUUACGAUUCAAGACUAGCAGUUUCCGGAGUAAUCUUUAUUAUGAAGUAUGCAUGAAGGAUUUUCUUCCUGACCCUUAUGCAGAUUUGGUCAAGUUUGCUACAAAAUGUCUGGGUGGCCCAUUGGAAAACCAUGAGACAUGGGUCAGUAUUAACAAUUUUAAGACAUACUGCAUUAGCCAGAUAAUGAUAGUUUUCUGGAGCUAUGAUGCCAUGUGUUAGGAAGCAAGGGAACAUCACAUGUAUUUAUAUUUUUAAAAAGUUGGGCAUUGCAUUUGCAAUAACUAGUGUUAUAGUGUUCAUGUCAAUGUAAAAAACUUCAAAGUUCCCUUCCACUUGCUUCUAAAAACAAAAACGCAAGUUUAAAAUCAACAAAUUAAAAUACAUGUAGAGAGUAGAGAUAAAAUUUCAACUUGAUCUUGGAUUUAUUUUUAGUUACCAAAAGCAGAGAAAACAAUAGUGGUAAUUGCAAUCAAUGUAUCUGAAGUCAGUAUUUAUUUCUGUUAGCAGAUCUUGUCUUGAUUGUUUACUAUAAUAUGUAUCUAUUAAAAUUAAUUUUUAAAAUGUUUUUUUGCUACUUAAAGAAGGAUAAAGGUUGUGGAAUUGUAUAUUGUCGCACACGUGAGGGCUGUGAAGAGAUAGCUAGCAAGCUGAGCAGGAAGGGACUCUUGACAAAAGCCUAUCAUGCUGGUUUAAAUGGCAGACUGAGGGAGGAGACACAGACUGACUGGAUGGAGGGAAGGGUGCCCAUCAUAGCAGCUACUAUCAGUUUUGGUAUGGGAGUAGACAAAGCAAAUGUUAGGUAAUAAAAAUUAUUUGACAUACUGUAUUGUUCCGAGAGAAGGCAGCACUUUUUUCAACUAAUGUAAGAGUUUAUAAAUUUAGGUGCAGCCUACUAUCAGGAUGUACUGGUAUAUCUAAGCAAUGGUAAGGUUAAGGCUAAGAAUAAUUAGUGACCUAAUCUCUGAACAAUACAGUAUUUUAUUAUUUUUAAAAAAAACACAACAUUAAAAUAGCUGAAACUCUCCUGCAGCAAGUUGUCCCCUUGGUUCUCAGGCUUCCCAUUAUUACCAUUUAACUCAGUUGAUUUCAGUGUCAAAUCCUCAUUCGCAAAUUAUACAUUUUUCUGGUACCUGCUCAUCAUUUCCCCUCUCAGUCCUAGUCAUUUGUAACACUUAAAAAUUAAUUUUUCAUUAAGAAUGCAAGUAUUAAAUAUUUUUGGAAUGUCAUUGGUGUUGAAAAAAUAUUUAUUUAAUUGAUUUCCAACGCAAAACAAUUUAUGCAUGUAUUCAUGUUUGUGAAGUUCAAUGCAGCCUAUAAAUUUAAUUUUUUGGUAAUUUUUUUAUUCUGUAAAGAUUUGUAGCUCAUUGGACAAUGCCAAAAUCCAUGGCUGGUUACUACCAAGAAUCUGGAAGAGCAGGAAGAGAUGGACUACCUUCGUACUGUAGGUUGUAUUACUCACAGCGAGAGAAGGAUACUGUAGCUUUUCUCAUUAAUACAGAAAACAACAGACCCAAGGUGGGCUUUGACUUCUUAUAGUAAUCACAGGUUGUCUGUCUGUCCCAUCUGACAUCAAACUUCAAUGUUAUCUUCUUGUAAUAAUCACAGGGGUCUUCCUCUCCAAUCUGAUAUCUAACUUCAAUGUUAUUUUACAAAUAACAUAACAGGGUGUCUUUCUGUCCAAUCUGAUAUCAAACUUCAAUGUUUUCUUCUUGUAAUAAUCACAGCGUGUUGUCCUCUCUAAUCUGACAUCUAACUUCAAUGUUAUUUUACAAAUCACAUGAAGAUGUCAUCCACAUUUAUUAUUUAUAAGAAUAUCUCACUAAAUUUUUUUUUUACUGUAAAAUUUGAUUUGUUUGUUUUUAAACUUGCAUUUAUUUAGUCUUUUAUUCCGUUACUAUUUAAUAUAAUUAAUUCAUUUUAAAAGUUGUUAAAAAUAAUUUUAAAAUUGUAAAGAUAGAAAUUAAAUUGUGAGGAACUUUUGAUAUUUUGUACUUGGCAAAAUGUUAUUUUUCCCAUUAUGCUGCAUUCAACACAGUAGUGUUCACAAAGCAUACCAGUAACAUUUAUUCAUCUUUAAAUUGAAAUAUCAAAGAAAAACUUAGAUGGGGCAAAACAUCGUGCUAAGGCUGCAGAAGACAGUUUUGGAGCCUUGCUAAAGUUUUGUGAGACUGCAAAGUGAGUUUUCUAAAUAGAUUAUAUACCUUUACCAAAGCUCUGAUUUUUUUUCUUCUCUCUUAUUCAUACUUUUGAAAUGCUUUUUAUACAUUGUAUGUUAUUUUUAUAGUUUAUGUUUAUUUAUGACUUAAAAAAUGUGUUUAAAACAAUUUUUUUCCAUUUAAAAGUAUUUUAUGUUUAUUUGUUGAUGGCUAUCUUUAAUUUUUGCAUUUGCGUCUUAUUAAAAAGGACAGGAAUAAAAUAAUGUUCUGCUUCUUGUAGAUGUCGCCACUGGUCAAUAGCUGACUACUUUGGUGAUGACAAGCCAGACUGUGACAGAGCCUGUGAUGUGUGUUGUGAUCCAAAAAGGGUUGAAAUGGAUUUGCUAAAUAUGCAGAAAGGCUUGUUUAACACCAAGAUGAGAUCAGGACUUGGGGGUGCAAUGAUUAUGGUUAAAGAUGAAGACUAUGCUGACAUGUAUGAAGGGGGACGGCUGGGUGCCAAGAGGUAAAAGGGAGUUGCUUCCUCUGCCAGUUAAGUUAAAAUCUAUUAUAAUAAUUCCAGCGUGGACCUUGUCUGCCCCUCAGGGAUGUAACCAAUGAAAAUCAGAUGAAACCCCAUGAUUAUUUCGUCCCUUUGAAAAGAUAACUGGGGUUUUUUCCUCGAAUUAUUUCACCACCAAUUGCAGCCCCAUCUGAAGUAUUGUCUAAGUCAUGAUUUGGCUAUAAAGCAUUUAAAAAAAGGGGAUGAUGACAUCUAAAAGACAUGAUAAAUGCUGGAUAUAUGGAGCCCCAUCUGGAUUUAUUAUUAUAGAUUAUGCUCCUCUUCCCUUAUUUUACAUCCGUAAUGUGGUCGCGUUGUCCCAGCUAGUCAAAUAUAAAACUCAUCCGUGACUGUUAACUUUGAGGCGAAAAGAUAUCUAUAUUUUUUAAAGACAAUUGAACCUUUUUUUCAUGAGAUUUUAGUUAUUUCAUAAUUUACAAAUUUAACAUUAUUCUUGUUCACAAAUAUUCAUUUCACAGUACUUUCCCCACAAAUAACUUAAUUUCUUUUGUUUAAAACAAAUAAUAAAUCCAUAAUUCAAUUUGUCCAGAGCCACUAAUGAUUAUGGUGGAGGAGAUGGGAGUGAUGAUGAGAGUGAGUACCACAGAGAGAGAAGAGAGGCAGACAAAGCAAAGAGGGAGAGAACUUCAAUUAUAGCUAAAGAGUUUGAAAAGAGAAAAGUGGUAGGUGUGGAUUUAUUUUAUGUCUUAUACCUAGUAGAGAACGUUGUAAACAAAAGUGACUUCGAGACACCAGAACACAAGUAGCCUUUAUUCUCUACAGAUGAAGGGGCUAAUUAAUAUAUUAGACCCACAAAAAAAAUUUGAAGACAUUUACCUGUCUUUUUUAAUUAUGCUAUAUUAAACCCCCACCCCCAUUCGUUUAUAAUCCCACUGUAAAACAUAAAAUAUAGAAAUAUGAAGUUUAGGAACUUCUUGCCUGAUGACAUAUGGUUAAGUUUAUCCCCAAAGUUUCUAUAACUUAUUUUAUAGAAUUAAUUACUGCAAAAUACCUGGUGUGCAUAUUUCAUUGACAGGCCAAUGACACAAGUGAUAAAAAAGAUGUUUUUGAACCCCCGUCUCCAUUUUGUCCACUGAGAGAUGCCAGCAGUCAGAGGGUGUCCAAGUUAACAGUGAAGGUUUGUCAGAACAUUCUCCAGUUUAUUUUGUUUUCAUUCUAGUCACAUGGGUUUGUGACCCUGGGGGCAUGACACGUAAAUCUGUUUUCAUACCAGUCACAUGGGUUAUGGUCCUGGGGGCAUCACACAUAAACUGUUUUCAUACCAGUCACAUGGGUUAUGGUCCUGGGGGCAUCACACAUAAACUGUUUUCAUGCCAGUCACAUGGGUUUAUGGCUCCGCUGGGUUACGCUUAAAACUGUGGUAAACAGAGCAAACAUAUUUUUUAAAAAGCAAGCCUUAGCCUUUAAAAUGAUUUCAUUAUGGAUGUUGGUUCAGGACACAUAGUGCACAUAAGGUCUUCAGCUUAGGACACAUAAUCAAAUAAAGUAAUAUCGCUCAAACAAAAAUUACCUUCGCUUGAAGAAUUAUUUUAAGCAAUAUGCAUUUGUAAAACUAAAAAAAAAAAUUUUUUUAGCUGAUACAUCCCAACACUCUUCAUCACAUAUACCUAAGAUCUGGGUGAAUUCUAUCCCUCAAAGUAAUGACCAAAAGAUAACAAAAUUCAUUUGUUCCCCUAUCUAUAAGAAAUUACCAGUGGAAAAAAAUUUCAAAAAUCACUUUUAAAGUCAAUGUUGUUACCAACUGGGCACAUGACAGUUGAUUUUUGCUCUUGAGAAAUAUUUUUAGAUUUCUUGUGUUAAAUUUUUCUAGUUUAAAAAUGGUAUCAUUGUAAGAAUAUAUAAGUAAGCAACGUAAGUGCUAAAAAUGAAUGUUUACAAUGUAAUGAAAUCUCCAUUUAUUUGGAUCAAUAAAUGAAUCAUAUCAUGUAUCAUAUCAUAAAUUCAAAUAAAUCACAUACAUUCAGUGUUCAGCUUAGGACUCACAGAUCACAUACAUUCAGUGUUCAGCUUAGGGGCCAUGUCAGCCUCUAGUACAAGGCUUUUCAUACUGAAGGAUGCCAUGCUCAUUUAACUCCCGUGAAAUAAACAAAGAACGAAGCUCAAAUGUUUUUUUUUACUUGCUACAAACUGGCACCAACCAGACUUAGUUGAAACAUAGCUUCAGUUUUGUGGUUGUUACCCAGCAUUAGAGUUUAAAGAUUCAACAACAAAUUUUUUUUUAAGGGGUUGGGGCGGGGAGAUGGUUUUUGAUGAUUUGCUUUAAUUCAUAUUUAUCCACAAAUGUUUAUCAAUCCAUGGAUGAUAUCAAAAUAAUUUAACAUCCUUAGAGAUGAAAUGAAGUAACCUAUGAUAAAACCUUCUUCUUUGAUGCAAAAUGGAGCUUAUGUUACGCUUUAAAACUAUUUGUUUCUUUCAGACCAGGGAACAUUGCUUUGAGAUGAUUGAGAGAGCACUUUACGAGAACUUUACAGCAGUGUUUGCUGAAGAUGAAAACAGGAUACGAGGCAGGGACUAUGAACCACGUACCAAUGCGCUUGACAUGGAAUAUCAAGUUUUCUUGAGUAACAAACUUGCCCCUGUGUAUAAGUCAUCCAUCAUGAAACUUGUCUCAGAAAUUCGUAAAUUGACCCAGUCUAAUAAUGUCCAUUCAUGCUUCCAAAAUGUGAAGGGUGCGUCCAUUUCUGGAGGGGGGGACAGCAGCGAAGAGUCAAGCGGUAGACCAGGCUCAGGUCCAUCGAGAUCAGAGUGUAAGAACUGGGCCAACUCAGGACCAGACAGCUCCGAUGACGACAUGUUUUCUAGCAAAACAGAAAGUAGAACUGAUAGUAUCUUUGUCAGGGCAAGUCAGCUCUUUUCAAGCCAUAAGGAUGAUAGCCAUGGAGCCCAUCAGGGGGGCCACUCUGUUUCAUCGGGGAACGGCUUCCAAACAGCAGCCUCGGUGUUGCUUGGCCAGGGUAAUACAUGGAAUUCUCCGACAGCAACAUCUCAGUCUGGCAGCUCAACAAAACCACUGAACAUUUUCAACGAAUUCGCACCUUUAAAAGACUUGGGCUCUGGUGAGAAGAAAAUUGAAUACAGUGGUAAGGCUAUCAGGGAAAACAUUUUCUCAAUUUUGUUUGGCGGAGAGAAGUCGACUGAAGAUGGUAAAAGUUCAAACAAAACUUCAAAUAAUAUGACGCAGUCAGAGCUCUCUGCCAACAAGGCCAGCACUUCCAGUAACCAGGCUUUUACAUCUAGCACUCAGGGAGGUCAGAAUCCAUCUAAAUCACUGGUUAUAGACAUGGGAAACAACAACAACCAAGAAAGCUGUGAUGGCAGUCUUGCUGAAAGCUCAAGUGUCAGUGACAGUGCCAAACAAAAACCAAAGAUAACUUAUUUUUUUGAACGGCAAGACUUGCUAUCGAAUGAAAACCCCCCAGAACCUGUCCCGGGCCACAGGAAGGAAGAUGCCAAACCCACCAAGCCUGUGGCAAAACCUGACCCAAAGCAGGUCAUCAGCAGAGCCACAAGUUCCAAGAAACAUAUGCACUCCAAACAUUCCACGAAAAGUCUAAACAGUGACAGAGGGGCAGCUAAGAAACGGAAAGUUUCAGAGGAGGUAAAAAUUCUCUGAUGUCUCAUGUACCUAAAAAUGUUUUCAAAUGAUUGAAUUACAAAAGGUUUUCCUUCCAUCCUCAUGUAUCCUAAAAUGUUUUCAAAUGAUUAAAUCACAAAAGGUUUUCCUUCCAUCCUCAUGUAUCCUAAAAUGUUUUCAAAUGAUUAAAUCACAAAAGGUUUUCCUUCCAUCCUCAUGUAUCCUAAAAUGUUUUCAAAUGAUUAAAUCACAAAAGGUUUUCCUUCCAUCCUCAUGUAUCCUAAAAUGUUUUCAAAUGAUUGAAUCACAAAAGGUUUUCCUUCCAUCCUCAUGUAUCCUAAAAUGUUUUCAAAUGAUUAAAUCACAAAAGGUUUUCCUUCCAUCCUCAUGUAUCCUAAAAUGUUUUCAAAUGAUUGAAUUACAAAAGGUUUUCUUUCCAUCCUCAUGUAUCCUAAAAUGUUUUCAAAUGAUUGAAUUAGAAAAGGUUUCCCUUCCGUUGUCAUUAUAUAAAUCUUGGUUGUAUAUGUCAAUGGCCAGACUUGUGAAUGGGAUAUAACAAAAGAUGGAAUUGAUUUACAUGGAGCUGGGGUAUUAUUAUUGUAAAAUAAUGUGAUGUAGUCACAAAGGAGUGUUUCUUGAAUGAUAAAUAAUAAAGUUUAUAAAUUAGCCAUUUUCUGGAUUCAUAUUAAAAAAUUUCUGUUUAAAACAGAGUGUUUCAUCUAUAUUAUACUUGUUAAAUAAGUUGAGGACAACGAAAAUUGUUUUUAGCAUGCUCAUUACAAAAAUUAUAGGAAAGAUGAGGAAGUGUUUUUUCUUUGUGUUUAAUUUAAAUCAUGGAUUAAACUUGUGAGUUGAAAGAUUAAAACUCAAGCUAUGAUGCAUGUGAAGUUGUUAAAAAAAAAAGAUACACUUGACUCUGUCUAUUUCAGCAACUGGCCAUGCAACAGACACUGGACAGUUACAUCAACCUAAAUCCCAGGCCGGGCCAGGACUUGAGUAAACAGAAACAUGGCCAGGACUUGAGCAAAAAACCAAGAGUUGAACAUGAGAUGAGUACAAAAACUAGCCAGGAACAUCCAAGGAAUAGAAGAAACUCUGGGGAGAUUGAUGACAAACACAAGGUAAAGAUUGUUUCUAUAGGGGGGGGGGGGGGCAUGGAGGUAAAUCUAUAUUAAAAAAAGAAAUCAGAAUUUUCAGUACAUGAAAACAAGUUUUUCUACUGUUGUUUAACAGUGAAUAAGUAUUAUUGGGUUCUUUUUAUAUCGUGGGUGCUGUCCAAAAUAAGACCUCCAUAUUGCGUCCUUAACCGACUCCUGCUUGACCUUCUUGCAACUUGCCCGCCUGCAUAAGCAAAGUGACAUAAUAAAUCAGGUUUUAAAAAGAAAUAAAAUAUAAAACAAGCGAUGUAAUUGUUAUUUAAAUUUAAUAUAAAAAUGAAUGAGAUGUUAAAUUUAUGAUAAAAAUGAAUGAGAUGUUAAAUUUAUGAUAAAAAUGAAUGAGAUGUUAAAUUUAUGAUAAAAAAAUAAGGUUUUAAAUAUAAAAAACCUUUUAAUUAUAAUAUCUGAAGUUGACUGUUGCUGCAUUUUCAUUUGAUCACCAUAGCGGGCUAGGUUUAUUAAGCAUUAUUAUCUACCAAUGUGUAUCAGUAACCGUAUUGAUUUUUAUAGGCUGGUUCAGAUAUAUCUUCAACUCUUACAUUAUCCCUAUGAUUUUCUACAUUAAAUUUAAUAACUUCUACAUGUUAGAUUGUUUCAUCAUCUAAACAACCCUCUAGUCUAGCAAGCUUAACAGCAUGCUGCAAAUGACCUUGGAAAGUCUUUUUUUGCGCUCUCAUAACUUUUUAACCAAAGAAGAUAAAAACAUUAGCAGUUCUCUUUUUAUAAAAAGCUCCACUGGCGAGUAAAUUUUAGCUAAUGAAUGUAUGGUAGGUUAUUUGCUAGACGGCCCUAAAUAGUUUCUUUUGUGACUGUUGGCCUGACUUGCCACCGCCUGCCAAAUACACCAGGGAAUCAGAGAAGUGACAGCAGGUGCUAAAGAUAGUAGAGUGUUAAAAGAGAUUGUAAAGUUAAGCUUCAUAUAUUAUAAUUGAUAGUACGCUCCUAUAUGGCAGUGAAGUGAGGACCCCGCAUGCCUGUCACAAGCGGAAACUCAAUGGCUUUCACCAAAGAUGCCUGCAUCACAUUUUGAGAAUUGGAUGGUCGGACAAAGUGCCUAAAACAGAAGUUUGGGAAAGUGCCAAAAUGUGCAACAUGUUCUCUGCUCUUAGCAUGAGUUGUCUUCUCUUAUUAGACAAUGUGAGAGAAUGUCGGACGUCUGUAUUACUAGGAAUCUACUGUAUGUGGAGUUAGCAGAGGGCCCAAGGUUUAUUCGACGACUAUUGGUGCGGUUUAGGGAUGUUAUCAAAAGGAACAUGACGGAAACCAACUUAGAAAUCUGUGAUUUGGAGAUCAUUGCUGAUCACCGUCCCAUCUGACGAACUGCAGUUUAUGAGGGAGUCAAACAGGGGAAAAAAAUCCCUUGCAAAAAAAGAGCAUUACGAAAGGCCAAAGUGAAGCAGAAGUCAAGGUUCUCCUAUGAAAAUUGUAGCUGAGUCAGCCAUUCCAGGAUCAGCCCCUUGAGCUGAUAAAGUGUCAAUAAGCUGCUUGAUCAUCUUAUGAAGUUUGAAGGAUGACAUACAUAGAUUAAUUGUUAUACCAUAUCUUACACUGUGAAAUUUGUCAGUUUGAAAGUCUCACUGAAUUUCUCUUCUGUUUUUUUUAAUUCUUGAUAGCAAGUUGUUGGUCAAAAGUCCCAUGUUUGUAUUUGUCCACAGGCUGAGAGAUUGCCUCCUGCAGUAAGUCAAAAGUCCCAUGUUUGUAUUUGUCCACAGGCCCAGAGAUUGCCUCCUGCAGUGAGUGAAUCUGAGGAGAAGAAGAUGAGAGAAAACAAAGAGAUGAAACUGAUAGCAGACAGUGUGGUCAAGUACCUGACACCCCAUUACAAGGCUGGCCGAUUUGCUAAUAAGGUGGGUCAUCAUCUUUUUCAUUGUUCGGUGUAGCCAGCCAAACAUCAACUCCACUUCUAGAGGUCCUUAGAGACAAAACAUACACACCAUUUGUCAGGUGUAGUGGAACAUUAAAUGCAUGUGGUACAUAAAGUUGGUAGGGAUCAGAGAGAGUUCUUGUUUUGAAAGAUCUACUGUUUGAUUCAAUAUCUUUUUAAUAUCCAUCAAUCCAUGUAGGGCUUUGGCUUGGCUUACUCCUUCCUUCCGCUCAGACCUAACUGAUGCUUUUAUUGUUCAUGCUUGGAUUCCCAGCUGCUGUAGAUCUUUUUCCACAUCAUCCAUCCAUCUAAGUUUAGGUCUGCCUUUGAGCCUUUUUCCUCUGGGGUUUUGGUGGUGCACCCUCUUCACUCCUCUGUCAUUUGGCAUUUUUUAUAAGUGUCCCGCCCAGCGUAACCUUCUCCUUUUUUUUUCUGUUACUAGUGUGGGAUCCUGUAGAGUCUAUACAAUUCCUGGUUGGUUCGUAUUCUCCAUCCAUAUUCAUCUUUGUUGGUCCGUAAAUUUUCCAGAGAGCUUUUCUCUCCCAUCUGAUGGUGAAAAUGUGAUCAGCCAUUGAUCUGUUAGUCUGAAUCCACAUUCGUAGUCACCUAGUAUUUGAUCAGUGUACGGCUGUAGUCUUUGGGAAAUUAGUUUUGUCAGUAUUUUUUAUGUAAAUUUAAAAUGGAAAUUCCCCUGUAGUUUGUGCAUUAAAGUUUGGAACAUUUCUUGUGUAUUGGGUUUAUUAAUGCUGUUUCCCAUUCUGUUGGAAUUUUCUUAUGUUGCCAAAUUUUAAUUAUAAGUUUAUGUGUCUGAAUGUGUCAUUCUGUUCCUCCAUAAAUAAGUUCUGCUUUGAUGAAGUCUUCUCCAGGGGCUUUGUUUUUUUUUUAUAGCAUUGGUUACUUCUGUAGUUUCUUUCAAAGUUGGGGAGUUUAUUAAAGGGUCUGGUCCUCCAUGUUAUGGUUGAUAAACUUCAUCCUGCCCAAAGUCUGCAUUUGGUAUGCCCUCAAAAUAUUCAGCCCACCUCUCCAGUACUUGACUAUUUUUUUAGUUAUUAAUUCUCCAUAAUUGCUCUCACACAUUUGAGGCCUGGCUUGGUAUCCAUUCUUUUCAUCUUUUAUCUUCAUGUACAUCCCUCUCUUGAUUAGUCUUCUAUUUCUUUUAGUUUAACUUUUUCCCAUUCCCUUUUUUUCUUCCUGCACAUUUUUGUGGCUUUCCUUCUAGCUUCAUUGUAUAUUUGUCUCCUGGUUUCCCUUUGCAUCAUGUUCAUUCUUGCCUUGUUCCAUUCUUGGACAGUCUCUUUGCAUUCAUUAUCAAACCAGCCUAAGCUACUGUUAGUUUUCUGGAAUCCUACUCAUUUUUCUUCUGAUCUUUUCAUAUCAUUUUUUAUCCUAUCCCACUGUUCAUUUAUGUUGUUUUCCCUGCUUAUUUUGGUAAUCAUAUUGUUUCUCUCUUUGAUUUCGUCCAUUGUGAAUUAUGCUUAUUCUCUGCUUAUAUUUAAAUCCUUUUAAUAGCCUAUAAUUAAAUGUUGCCUAGUUAUUAAUUUUUUUAUUGUUAUUUAGUCAAUGACUGAAAAUGAAAUCUGGUUCAUAUUAGGAACUGCUUUUUUUUCAUAUUGGCGUAUGGUUUCUGUCAUGACAUAUGCUGGUCGCUAUCAUACCAUAUGCUGGAUGCUGCUAUAGGAGCUGUUCAAGUCUGUGGCCAAGGCCAUCACCCAGCAGGUUUACACCACCACCAAGGGACUGCCCACAACAGGUGAGACAACUCUGCGAGCUCAGGGUGUUUAUGUGGUGCAAUGUCCAUGUCUUCUUUACACCGUUCUCUCCCCUUUUGCAGUUACCCAAUCCACUGCUUGAAAUAACCCCCACUUCCCCCAUACGUAUCAUUCAAUUAUAAAAGGGGAAGAGACUGCAAUCUGGUUAGGUAGAAGGAUGUAACAAAACAAAAAUGCCAAUGGUUUUGUUGCAUCCUUUUUUCAGGUUUUCCAAUACUUUGUUUCCCUUAUAUUUGCUUCAUUAAAUUAGUCACCUGCUAUUCUCAAAAUUCUUUUUACAUACAAAAAAAAAAAAAAAUAAUAAAAAUAAAAAAUUCAAUAGACAGUUCCUUGCGGUGUAUUUAAUUAAAUUUAGUUUGUUUAAUGACAUGACAGUGUCAUCAUUUAAAUGCCAUUAGUAUCAGUUUAGCAAUAAAUUACUAAGAUGAAUAAUAAUGUUAUUUUUUUUAUUUAUAAGUUUAUCUCCAUGUUAAAAAAAACCUUUAGUAGAAAUGUUGAAAAUAAAAUAACUGAUUCUGAUUCCGAAUCAACUUUUCAUAAUUUGGGCAUUGAUGUUACAAAAUACUCAACAUUGAAACUGGAAUCCAAUUUGAGCUAUGCCACAUUACUGUUAUACAUACUUAAAACCCUCAGUUUUGGGAGAUAAACUGAUAUUUUUUCAUCACUAAAUGAUAGCGCAAAGACGUGAGCUGAAUGAAAUAAAAAGAUGAUGAUGUUCUUAACUCUACAGGUAAAGAGGAGGCAAAGCGCCUAGUUCGGGCAUACAUGGAGGACCACAAACUUAUCAAUGGCCAGACCGAUCUCAAAGGUUGGAUGUGACGGCAGUGCCACGGUGACGUGAUUCUGUGUUCUGGAUGUUUUCGGGGGACCGGGCAAUGACUGAACCAUGGCAGGAUGUCGGAUAGUCUGAAAUGACUGUUGGUGUUUUUGGG